UCCUUUCCACCUCAAAUCGACGAGGCACCGAAGAAACGAAAAUUAAAUAAAAAAACACAAAUAAAGAAGGGAGAAGCCGACCACCCCCCAUCGCUCCCCUUCCUCCUCGCAGAUCUCCGACGCCGGCCACCACCAUGAACUACUCCGGCGGCGACCGCUCCUCCUCCUCCUCCCGCCCCACCACCACCUCCUUCGACUCCUACAAGUUCGACUUCGGCGGGGUCAACUCGUCCCGCCCCCUCCGCGACCAGAGGCCGGGGGCGACGGCCGCCGCGGGGAACGCCUACGCGAAGCCGGGAGGCGUGGCUUCCGGGAACACGUGGUCGCACCAGCCCGCCAAGACGACGUCGUGGACGCACCAGCCGUCCCCCGCCGCCGCGGCGGCGACCGGAUCCGGGCCCACGUCCAUGGUCGGCGACAUCUUCGGCCGGAGCUGGUCCUCCGCCGCGCCCUCGUCCGGCCUCGGCAUCCCGCAGGCGAACAACCCAGGCCUCUUCAGCGACCUCCUUGGCUCCGCGCUCGGGUCGUCCUCCCGCGCCCAGUCGAACGCGCCGCUCAGAUCUGCGGCGCCGCAGACCUCCAAGCCGGCCAAUCCCAACCCUAGCACCAACAGUUCCCCUUUCUCUAUGGGCGGCAUGGCGAGCACGCUCCUGAAGACGACCGGGGCGCCCAUGGCCUCCGGUGGCGGGUACGGUGUUGGUGGCCGUCCAAUGAAGCCGGCAGGCAUGGCAUCGGCGGCCGCGACGCAGCCUAUAGGGCAGAAGAAGGAUCCGUUCGGUUCAAUAGAUCCCUUCGCGGCGAAGCCUGGUUCCAUGAAUGCUGCGAAGAAGGAUAAUUCCGUCAAGCCAGAUCAAGGUUUUGGGGCGUUCCAGAGCAUGAAUUCGGGUGGAGAUGCAGGAUUCAGUGGCUUCCAGAGCGCUGAUGCUGGAUUUGGUACUUUCCAGAGUUCCGGUGCCACGAAACCUUCCAGCUUUACUCCUCCACCGGCACCGGCUCCAGCGCCUGCCCCUGCAGCUGCUUCAGUGAACUCCGGUGUAGAUCACUUGGACUCGCUGUUUGCUUCGUCAACAGCUGCUCCGACUGCAGCGAGUAACGGUGGUGGCGGAGGUGACAUGUUUGGUGAGAUGGAUGGUUGGGUGGAUGUGGAGGCAGAUUUUGGUACUGGUGACAGCGGUGGCACAACCACAGAGCUCGAGGGGCUCCCACCGCCACCGUCUGGGUUGACAGCAUCUGGUGCUAAGGCCAAAGGGAUGGAUAAUUACAAGGGCGGGCAGUAUGCUGAUGCUAUCAAGUGGCUGUCAUGGGCUGUUGUACUCAUUGAGAAGUCUGGGAAGGAUGCUGACAUUGUAGAGGUGUUGUCAUCACGGGCUUCAUCUUACAAGGAGGUUGGCGAGUACAAGAAGGCAAUUGCCGACUGUUCAAAGGUACUAGAAAAGGAUAAGGAAAAUGUCUCCGUUCUUGUGCAGCGUGCUCUCCUAUACGAGAGCUCUGAAAAAUACAGGCUUGGGGCAGAUGACCUGCGUUUGGUUCUGAAAAUUGAUCCCGGGAAUAGGCUUGCCAGGAGUAUGAUCCAUCGUCUGAACAAGAUGGCUGACUAGACAUGUUUUGCUAGUGCUUUGUGUACAACCACUGUAAUCCACCUUGACACGAGAUCUGUGAGUUAUUUUGAAUUGCUUUACUAUACUUGUGGUUUUGGGGGAAUAAUUUGCCAAUAUGUUGUUAUGAACCAUGGGAUUACAUCUUUACAUACAGUAUAUUCUUUCAAUUGUAUAAUCAUAUAUUGUAUCAAGCUUGCUUUUAAAAAUUACUACUUUAUGGCUUGACUGUUCCAACC